GCAUCAUGGCAACCCCAGGUCACAGCCUACGACGCAGGCUGGUGGGUCCACCACUUCUUUACGCGAUCUCCGUCUUUGCUAGUUUAGGUGUCUUUCUCUUUGGAUACGACCAAGGCGUCAUGUCCGGUGUCAUUACUGGGCCCUACUUCCGUAAGUUCUUCAACGACCCGACAGCCCUCGAGGUGGGGACCAUGGUAGCUGUGCUCGAGAUUGGCGCCUUUGUCACCUCCCUAGCGGCUGGACGCAUCGGGGACUCUCUGGGGCGACGGGGCACACUUUUUGUGGGAGCGAUUGUCUUUGCCCUUGGGGGCGCUAUACAGACACUCACACCUGGCUUCUGGGUCAUGGUAGUUGGCAGAAUUAUCGCUGGAUCUGGUGUUGGUCUUCUAUCGACAAUCGUUCCCAUCUAUCAGAGCGAAAUUUCGCCCCCAAACCAUCGCGGCGCGCUUGCGUGCAUGGAGUUCACAGUCAACAUAUUCGGCUACGCAUCAUCCGUCUGGAUAGACUAUUUCUGCUCGUUCUAUGAGUCUGACCUAGCUUGGCGAGUGCCGCUGUCUUUUCAGUGCAUAAUCGGUGCCAUUCUUGCGGCUGGCUCCUUGGCGAUGCCGGAAAGCCCCCGAUGGCUUAUUGACCAUGACAAGGAUGCCGAAGGAAUGCGGGUUAUAGCUGACUUGCAUGGCGGUGAUCCGGAGGACCUCGUCGCACGCUCCGAAUUCCAAGAGAUCAAAGAAAGAGUGCUGUUCGAUCGCGAGAACGGCGAUGCGCGCACAUACGCUACAAUGUGGAAGCGCUACAAGCGACGCGUCCUCCUGGCUAUGUCGUCACAGGCAUUUGCUCAGUUAAAUGGAAUAAACGUAAUUUCAUAUUAUGCGCCGAGAGUGUUCGAAGAGGCUGGUUGGGUAGGCCGUGAUGCGAUCCUCAUGACCGGAGUGAAUGCUAUCAUUUAUCUUCUGAGCACUCUCCCGACGUGGUAUUUGGUUGACCGCUGGGGUCGACGGAUUAUUCUCCUGACUGGAGCUAUCGUCAUGGGCGUGGCCCUCGCGAUGACUGGAUGGUGGAUGUAUAUUGACGUACCCCAAACCGCGCGUUCCGUGGUUGUUUGCGUAAUUGUCUUUAAUGCGGCGUUCGGAUAUAGCUGGGGGCCUAUCCCAUGGCUGUACCCACCUGAGAUCAUGCCUUUGUCUGUACGGGCGAAGGGCGUGUCAUUAUCUACCGCUACCAACUGGGCCUUCAACUUCCUCGUUGGAGAGAUGACACCGUACUUGCAAGAAGUAAUUCAAUGGAGAUUGUACCCCAUGCACGGCUUCUUCUGUGCAUGCAGUUUUGUUGUUGUCUAUUUUUUGUAUCCCGAGACUAUGGGAGUUCCCCUCGAAGAGAUGGACGCUGUUUUCGGUGAAGAGGAGCUGGAAGAGCGGUUAGAAGACGAGGAGUCCGAAAGGGCGUCGUUGUUCUCUCACCGAUCUCGUCGUUCGAGACAUUCGUUGACCACGAACAACAAUCCUAGUCGACCGGGACUUCUCCAACGGCUUCUCGGACGCUCCGAGCACCAACCAUCGUACGAGCCCAUCCGCGAUGGCGACGAAUAGGAAUUGUCGAGGAUGAGCCAAGGAGCUGCGGAGGAACGCCAUGACAAACCUAGUGAACCUCUGUCGCCUCGCAACAGUGGUGAGCAUCCUGUCUCUACAUGAGCACAGGGCAGAGUGCUUGUGCAGCAUCUGUGAUGGUGGCUUUGCCCUUCUUAAUUCUCUGUCUCAUCCUCGCUGGAACGGUCAUACUACGCACUAUCAUAGAUUGCUCCGAGCAGCAUUGCCCUUCCUCUGCCCUCCCUUUCUUUCAGUUUUGUUCUUGCACGCUCUGCCAUGUACAAUCAAUCCAUCACAUUGUCAGUAUGUAUCACCUGCAAUAGCACAAUCUCGUCU